ACCUUGCUGCAUGGCAAAAUUGAAACGUCAACGCCUUCCCGUUUCACGUUUGAAACUUCUCUACCUCUAACUUCCUUUAUCUUGCAUUCUCCUCACUGACAUCACAGUCCAUUUUCCUCUGUUUCUUUGGCAUACUUAUCAAUGGCGGCAAAGGCACCGGAACCUCCUACUGGAGACGCCAACGGCACUCAUUCCAUUGAUCCCAACUCUGGUUUUUGUAAAGAAACUAAAAUCUUUCACAGCCUGAGACCCUCCGCCCCUCUGCCACCACCAAAUCAACCUCUUUCCAUUGCCCAAUUGGUUUUCUCUCUUCUCCACUCUUCCGCCACCGACCUCACCACCGAUAUUUUCCUUGUUAACUCCGCUACAGGCUAUUCUCUAACCUAUGCCCAAUUCAUCAGCCAGGUUCGCUCUCUCUCCCUCGCUCUUAGUGCUCACUACUCUCUAUCUACCAACGACGUCGCUUUUAUCCUCUGUCCUACUUCUGUUCACCUCCCAAUUCUCUACUUCUCUCUUAUUUCUCUCGGUGUCAUUAUCUCUCCCGCUAAUCCACUCAGUUCCAAGUCUGAGGUAACUCAUCAACUCCAACUCUGUAAGCCCAAAAUCGCAUUCGCCACAUCCCAGACAGCUCACAAGCUCCCUUCUCUACCUCUAGGCACCAUUCUCAUCGACUCGCCUGCGUUCCUCGCGCUGUUGACCCGAUCCAAAGUCACAACCCAUGACCGACUCAACCCUGUUGUGGUGAAACAGUCUGACACCGCAGCAAUUCUCUACUCCUCAGGAACAACAGGGAGGGUAAAAGGCGUAGCUUUGACUCACCGGAACCUGAUCGCCUUAAUCUCAGGGUUCUAUCAGAAUAACAAGGUAGACCCGAAUGAACCGGGACCUCACCCAGUAUCACUUUUUACGCUGCCAAUGUUUCACGUUUAUGGAUUUAUUAUGUUGAUAAGUGCUGUUGCGGUGGGGUUCACGGUGGUCUUGAUGGAAAGGUUUGAUUUUGAAGGGAUGUUGAGAUCCGUGGAGAAGUACAAAGUCAAUUACAUGCCAGUUUCGCCGCCGCUGAUUGUGGCGUUUGUGAAAUCAGAAUUGACCCAAAAGUAUGAUUUGAGCUCGUUGAUGAUUCUGGGAUGCGGCGGCGCACCUCUGGGGAAGGAUGUCGCUUAUAGAUUCAAGGAAAAAUUCCCAAAUGUGGAAAUUGUCCAGGGAUAUGGGUUGACUGAGACUGGAGGUGGAGCGACAAGGAUGUCGGAUCCUGAAGAGUGCAAGAUACUUGGUUCUGUUGGUCUCCUGACCGAAAAUAUGGAAGCUAAGAUUGUUGAUCCUGUAACAGGAGAGGCCUUGUCUCCUGACCAGAGAGGGGAGCUGUGGUUGCGAGGGCCAACUGUCAUGAAAGGUUACGUAGGAGAUGAUAAGGCAACUGCUGAAACCUUGGAUUCAGAGGGUUGGUUAAGGACUGGGGAUCUGUGUUAUUUUGACUCUAAGGGUUUCCUCUAUAUUGUUGAUAGGUUGAAGGAACUGAUCAAAUACAAGGCAUAUCAGGUGCCCCCAGCUGAAUUGGAACAGCUACUUCAAUCCCAUCCUGAAAUUGCUGAUGCUGCUGUAGUUCCGUAUCCUGAUGAAGAGGCAGGGCAAAUUCCCAUGGCCUGCGUAGUGAGGAGACCGGGAAGCAAUAUCACGGAGGCUCAAAUUAUGGAUUUCAUCGCUGAACAGGUUGCACCGUACAAAAAGAUAAGGCGAGUAGCUUUUAUCAAUUCUAUCCCAAAAUCUCCAGCAGGGAAGAUCCUGAGGCGGGAGCUGGCCAAUCAUGCUCUCGCAGGUGCUUCAUCCAAAUUAUGAUCCAUUUGCUUCAAACAAUGUAAGGAAUGGACCUUGCAGAGAGAUUCAUGUCAAAGUUUUCACCAUUUAAACAUGACAACCUAAAUAAUUUUCAUCGGCUAGGAAUUGAUUGCAGUACAACCUGUUAGCUGUUGUCGGCUCUCAUGUUUCAAUACUGAACCUGAUUCACCCCAACUGGAGUACCACACCUGUAGCGUAUAGUUAUUGUUGAAGUACUAGCAUUUUGACUACAACAACUAAUUUGAAUUUCAAAUUAGAUAUGUUUAUUAUUUUUUCAAUAACAUAGCUGGAAUUCUAGAUUUCCAGCAUUAGAAUCUCAACUUUAUUUUUUUGUUAUUUGAUUCCUUGAUUUUAGAAGAAUUUGUUAUUUCAUUUUGUAUAAAACCUCAGUUACAGUGAAAAGUAAUAUAUGGUCUUCCACUCA